AUGGGCAACACCCCUUCCCAACCACCUCAUAAGUCUCCAACUUAUACCUAUUAUGCCCGUUCGGCUGGGUCUGAAGAUGACGAAUUGUUACUCAAGUUACAGAGUAUGCUACUUUCCGAUAGUGAAGAAAAUCAUACCAGAAACGGUAGUAAUUCCACUCAGAAUGGAAAAUCCGUAAGUCCAGAUUCUAACCCUAUCACUAUCGAUAAGUUGUACGAGUGGAAGGAGGAACUACUAGCUGAUCCAAAGAAUCAGUUGGCUUUGAACUGUUUUACGGGAAAUGAUCUCUCCAAGAUUAUUGCCAAGACGGCCAAAAUCAAUAAAAAUAAUCAAGAUUUAUUCAAUGUCACUGUCAAAUAUGAAGGCAAGCCAAUAACCAAUCAGAAGUCUUCUGGAAGAUGCUGGUUGUUCGCUUCGACCAACGUUUUCAAGGAGUUUGUUAAGGGAAAGUACAAUUUGGACGAAUUCGAGUUUUCCCAGAACUAUUUAUACUUCUAUGAUAAAUUGGAGAAGAGUAAUUAUUUCUUGAAUAGAAUUCUAGAGUGUACAGAUGAGGAUAUCGAUUCUAGAUUGGUUCAGUUCUUACUCCAGAUGCCUGAGAAUGACGGUGGACAGUGGGAUAUGGUGGUCAAUUUGGUCAACAGGUACGGUUUGGUGCCAAAGACUAUUUACACUGACUCGGCUUCGUCAUUGAGCUCCAAUCGAUUGAACUAUCUUAUUAACGAGAAAUUAAGAGAAUACGCAUUGAUUCUAAGAAAGAUGAAACGUGAUGACUCUGAAAAGAUGGGUGCCCAAUCUAUUGGUAGUGCCAAGAAGUCCAUGCUGCAGGAGAUCUACAAUAUACUUUCACUAACCUUAGGUAUUCCUCCUAAGCCAGAUGAAGAGAUUGCUUGGGAAUACAAGGACAAGAAUGGUAAUUAUGGUCGUAUCAAAACGACUCCAUUGGGCUUCUACAAGGAUAUUUUAGGGUUCAAAGCAGACCAGUAUUUCUCGUUGAUUCAUGAUCCUAGAAAUGUUGAAGGUUUGUAUACUGUAGACAAACUAGGUAACAUUGAAGGAGGAAAGCCUAUUGAGUAUGUGAACACUUCGGCCGACAACUUGAAGCAGGCUGCCAUUGCAAUGUUGCAAGACAAUCAUCCGGUUUUCUUUGGUUCUGAUGUGGGUAAAUUCGAGGAUACCAAUAUUGGUCUUCUAGAUGUCAAUGCCUGGGACUAUAAGCUUGGUUUCGGUACAGAUAUAAAUCUUACUAAGAAGCAGAGAUUACUAACUGGAUCUUCCCAGAUGACUCAUGCCAUGGUUCUCACCGGUGUUCAUUUGGUUGAUGGAAAGCCAAUUAGAUGGAGAGUGGAGAAUUCUUGGGGUGAAUAUGGCGACCAUAAGGGAUACUUUGUUAUGACAGACGAUUGGUUUGACCAGUAUGUGUUUCAGGUGGUUACCAAGGAGAAAUAUGCUUUAAAGAAAUUGACUGAUUACUGGAAAAGUAAAGAUUAUAAGGUUCUUCCUUAUUAUGACCCUAUGGGAGCUCUAGCACGUUGCGAUUGUGGAAAGAGCAGACAUUGA